CUGAUGAUGUUGCUCGGCUCGACUCCUCACGCACGUCGCACUCUCUUGACUGAACGUCGAUGCACCAAUCCAUGACAGCAUUGUGAUUGUGAUUGCUUUCCAAAAACCAUGCACGUAUCGACGCGCACUACUGCAAUGGACAUCCGACUUUGACUGCCACCACAACAGCAUCGAUCGAGGAAGGCGCACUCAAUUGCACGCCCUACUGGCUACUGGAACCUCUUCGAUCUCAUUCCUGUGCGCCGGCAGCGUUGAGCAAGACCGCACCGUGCCUCGCAUGGCUGAAAGCUCCACCUCAUGACCUCUGAAAUCAUGUCACCUCGAAAUAGCGCCGAGCCCGAGCAUUCAAGCUCUCGACGUGGCGACGCGGGAGCAGCCUCACCGACAGAUGAUGUUGAUCGCUCGAAUGACGCUGAUGCGACCCACCUUCACACGCAGCGCGGGGUCAAGCGCUCGAGAGAUGAUGAGGAUCAGUCAGACGCCGGACCAGUCUCAGCAAGAGCUCGCGGCUCAGCAUCAAGCGAAGCGGGCUCCGGCGCGGCGGACACAGCUGACGGAGCGACUUCAGAAGUCAAAGGCGCAACACCAGUGGUACACAGUAGUCGCGAUCCGAAUGAGGACAAGGUCGCUCCAGGCUCUGCUCCUUACUGGCCCGGCUACAUGAACAGUGUGUUCGGAAAGAACGGCGGACCUGUGCCUCGCAACUUGCCAGUCAAACGCUACGACGGCGAGCCUUUGACACGGGCAGAUCUCCAGCAUGCUGUGCUGUGCCAUAUCUUUGGUGACACGCAGCGCGUCUUUACGAAUCCAAGACCGGGCACGCUGGAUUUAGAGGGGCAGGAGCGACCCUUUGUGACGCCCAUGUUCCCAUACGGAAUGGCUCCCACGUGUGCGCGCCCUUCAGAUGAGAGUGCAGAGGAGCAUGAGGCGUACCAGACUCGACUGCGAGCAUGGCAAGAGGCUAGCGAAGGAGGCGAUGAGGAGAGACGCAAAAGAGGAUUGCCUUGUCCUGGUGACAAGCUUCUCACGUUCAAGGAACUCUAUUUGGAGGCUCUGCUUUCCUCUUCGAGGUGCACCAAGACCAUGCGCGAUAAACUUCUCGCCGAGGAGGAGUACGCGGAGGAUUUCGGGAAGGUCAAUCUGCUGGUCAACGUUGGCCGAAUCAACACCACUUUGGCUUUCUACCCGGAGAUGAAGACGGUCCUGCGGUCGUACCACCCGCUCGCUAGUCUGCAAAAGUGCGAGAACACCAGACGCAACAUGCAAGACGCUCCCCGUAUGAAGUCUCUGCUCAAAGCCAGUCUCAUCGAGACCGAGAAGCCUGGGCCAGCUGGCACGAAUAACGCUACAGCCGCCAAUGCGUUGGCGAAAGCAGCAAGCAGCUCACAUCCGGCUCAGGGCGAGGAGAUCGGUGAAGUGGCAAGCAACUUCACAGAGCUUAUCGCAAAGCGAAGGCGGCUCACAAAGUACGCCGCUCGAAAGCAGGAGCUGGGCGAGACUCGCGAGCCUAUACACCCGAUCACCAGCGUCAUCAAUAUGGUAUUUCUGCUACUCAACCACGCUCCCGAUAUCACCGCCAUGCACUUUGCAGCGCCCCACGAUCUGUACACUCUCUUCUUUCCUCAUGGCGACUACCCUGUUCCUGCUCGUGAAAGGGCGCGCGUCUUUUUGUGGCUUGUUUGGCACUAUCUAGAACGGCACGAGUACGUCCCACCGGACCAGCAACCACCCAAUCCCUUCGACGACGACUUUUCCAGGAAAUCGGCCGCAGAUGCUGCCACUGCGUACGCCGGGCUUUCGAAAGAGGAGCAAGACCGCAUCUCGGCCGAAGGCCUUUGGAGGGGCAUCAAAAAUCCCGCAUACGAUCCGGCUUCGCAACGUCGAGAUGAACAGAAGGUGGCUCUAGCUAGUGCGCAGGUUGCAUUGACCGCCGGCAAGCGCGACACCGUUCGAGAGCAGCUGCGCAAAGCGGGCGUUCCGCUCGGAGCUGCAUCCAAGAAUGUGGAAAAGGCGGAUCCUGACGCAAAGGAGAGCGAAGUGGAUGAGUUUCCCCCUUCUUCGACGUGGGAAGACGCCCUAGUACCAUUGCCAGAAGAAUAUCUUCAUAGACUGCUGGCUCCCAAAUUGAGCGUGGUCAGCAUCGCCGAGUCGGCGAAAGAGAACGUGGAUGCUCAAGACGAGAUCGAUUGGGCAUUAGAGGUACGACAAGAUCGUUCGGCUUUCUUGCUCAAGGUACAACAAGAGGAACAGCUCAAGGCGACUGGAGGCUUGGAGUAUAGCAUGACGGAAGACUAUGGCCGCGUCGAAUCCCCCAUGGAUACGGAUCCUGGCACCGAUGCCAAGGGCCCUCGGUCGAGCCUUCCGUCAAGAGGAGGCGGAAAGGGUCUUCGCGGCAAGCCAAAGGGACGUGUGCCAAACACUACCGGAGGCGGCUCUGCUUAUCCUUUGGCGAAUAUACUGGCGGCGGCAAAAGACCAGUCACUUGCCCAUGCCAGACGCGAGUCGACCACUCCUGCUCAAGGGACUGGCGACGCCAAUGCGAAUGAGCCUGUAGGGCAGAGCGCUGCUAGCGGGCCUACAGGCGGGACUGAGCGUGCUCAUGUCAAAGGCAGGACGGCGCGCCAGCUUCCUAGACCUCCCCAUCUUUGGGGCCUGGAUCUCUCCGUGCCUGCUGCGCCCAAUGGCAUCGCGCGCAACCGCAACAUGUCAUCAGCUGCGCACUUUGCUGCUCAAGCUGCUGCUCUCUCGCUACCGCGCACAUCUUGGAGACGCAUCCUGGAGCGCGCUCGACGGGGUGUGGGCGAUGCUAGCUACGAGAGCGGCGAUGAGGCGGUGUACGAGGAAGAAGCCAAGGACGAACGACCUCGAGGAGAAAUUUCUAGGAUCCUGAGGUGCUUGCGAGAUACCCGAACUUUGAGAGGCCAGCUGCAGGUGCCUGCCAAUUAUCCUUAUCCGAAGGAGUCCGAUCAGGCAGAAGAUGGUCAAGGUUUGUCCAGCGCAGACCCUCCAUUUCCCUCUGUCCUCGCCGUCGGUCGUGCACAGCCCGCUGCUCGAGCCUCUGACGAGGAGAUGAACGCAGAUCUUGGCGAAGAUGAGGACGAGGAGGAAGAAGAGGAAGAUGAGAUCAUCGAUGAUGAUGACGAGCUUUGAGGUCUCCCUCAUUUGCUUCAUUCGUGAUCCCCUGUCAUGUGAGGGCAAAGGUGAUGUCAUAUUCAUGGAUACACGAUCUUGAUGUGUGCUCGAUCGCUUGCGCGAGCCCGCGGUAGGCCGGUAUUUGAUUGGCAGUCUGAUGGGUAUAUCUGGAAAUCACUUCACCCGCCAUGCGAGGAUGUGCGAGGCUCGAGCGCGCGUUGUUCGAUCUGCAUUCAAAUUGUUUUACACUCAAUUGCCUACAUGGGUGCGGCGCUUGGAUUUGACACACUCUCGCGACUGCGUCAUGAGGCCCGAGCUUUCUUC